UCCAGCCCCUGCCCUUCUGACACUGCCUCCCCACUGGGGCGAGCUGGGAUCGUGCCCCCUGAGCCGGGCUCGCUCCAGCCGUCCCGCGCCGUUGGAAGCGCCUCUGCAGACGGCAAGGUUGUCCGGUGAUUUCGGACAUGGCCUCGGAGGCGGUGAAGGUCAUAGUGCGCUGCCGGCCCAUGAACGAGCGAGAGAAGGCGCUUAGCUGCCAGGCCGUGGUCGGCAUGGACAGCCCCCGGGGCCAGUGCUUUAUCCAGAACCCGGGGGCCACUGACGAGCCCCCGAAGCAGUUCACCUUCGACGGGGCGUACUAUGAGAGCCACAACACUGAACAGAUCUACAAUGAAAUUGCCUACCCGCUGGUAGAGGGUGUUACUGAGGGCUACAAUGGCACCAUUUUUGCCUAUGGCCAGACUGGCAGUGGGAAGUCAUUUACCAUGCAGGGCAUUGUGGACCCUCCUACACAGAAAGGCAUAAUUCCCAGAGCAUUUGAACACGUUUUUGAGAGCGUACAGUGUGCUGAAAACACCAAAUUCUUGGUGAGAGUCUCUUACCUGGAGAUCUACAAUGAAGACAUAAGAGAUUUGCUAGGAGCCAACACCAAGCAAAAGUUGAAGGUGAGGAGAUCAUAA